AGUAUAUCAGCACAAUUAUUGAAUCCUUGUGGUCAUACCAUUUGUGGGCCUUGUGCAGAUCAAUGGCUAUAUGAUAAGGGGGCAGAAACCUGUCCUAACUGUCGCAGAAAAACAAACGACCUCCGACCUGUUAUACCAAAUAUUAUUGUCAACAACUUUGUUGAGAGAUAUAUUCAAGUUUGUGCUCUCAGUGGUGAUGAAGCUUGGCAAACAGAUGGAGUGAAAUUGAUAGAAUGGCUUGAGAGAGUAAAGUAA